AUGCUUGCCGUGGUCGGCGUUAAUCUGGAGGCUGGAGCGCCACACGUAUGCAGGUGCAGAUCAGAUCGCCAGACGCGAUACGCCGCCCACGCGCUAGUUGUUCUCUUCAAUCCAGUGUCCGCCGCGACGUCACUGAGGCACGGCGGAAGACACGAAGGCCGGGCCGGGGGUCCAGCUCGUGUCCCAUGCGAUGCGAGGCCUAUGGCCCUGGCCGCGUGCACGUCGCCGAGGCCCGACGGUGUCGGGUCUGGACAACCAGCCCGGUCGCGCGUGCUCCGCUUCGACGCACACGUGCAGAGGCGCAGACACACGCAGGCAGAUCCCCUGUUUUGCCUGCCGUGCGCGGCUGCACGCGCGCGUCGAGGUGCCUUGCCCCGCCUCCCGCCGAUAGGAUCAAGCAGAGGAGAGCCGACGCGCGUGCCUGCUCGCGUUCGCGGCCACGCGUCACCGUCGUGCCGUCGCAGACUGUGGGAAGCGUCCGCGUCCGUCCGCUGUGCGCCCGUCGCGAUAGAAAUUGAAGAAGCCGAGCCGAGUCGACCGUUGCUCCGCAGAAGCCGUUGCGCCGGCACGCCGCUUCAAAUUUCGAACCCCUCGUCGGCCCACCGCCGUAGAACACCGAUCCCAACCCGAGAAACCCCACCAGCCAACCAAACCAACCAACCAGCAGCCGACGAGCCCACGCACGAGAGGAGGGACAUGGAUCCGGAUCCGGCGGCGGGGGCGGGGGCGCCCAGGAGGGCGGCCACCGCCAGCGGGACGCCCACCGCGUCGCGCGGCUCCAGCAUGCCUUCCUCGUGCUCCUCCAACUCCAACACCUCCGCUUCCGCCUCCGCCUCCGCUUGCACGGGGACGCCGCCGUCCGCCGUCGUGCAGUGGGCGGCGCGCGCGGGCGCGGGGGACAGCUGCUACUACCCCGGCUGCCGCAAGGACGCCAACUGCGCCUGUGAGAUAUGCCUCGCCAGCAUCGACGCCACGCGGGACCUGGUGCGGGCGCCCGAGGCGGCCUCCGCGCGCAGGUUCUUCGCCGGCGCCGCCAGGGACCGGAGGCCCGCGCUCUUAUUCGGCGGCCGCGCCGCGGGGACGGGGUCCGACUCCACCGAGCCGCCGUGGACGCCGCCGAUGCGGUCCACGGCCAAGUCCAGGCGGGCGCCAGUGCGGGAGCCGGCUCCGGCCAGGAGCCGCGCGGCGAGGGGCGGGCAUAGGUCGCACGACUGGCCGCUCUACGCGGCCACAGUUCUUGGGUUCUUGCUCCUCCUGUGGGUGGACACGGGGCUCGUCCCGGAGGCCGCGGCCAGGGGGUUCGGGCCCAAGCUGUCGCCGGAAGCCUUGGCGCAGGUGGGGGCCGAUGCGCGCCUCGCGCCUGGCGGCCUGGAACAUAAGCUGCGCAUCCUGGAGCGCAGGGUCCGCCAGCUUGUCGGCGGUGAGGGGAUCGCUAAUUGCAGCUCGCGAGACUCCGUCUGGCGAUUCCAACAGAAUGAUCACCAGGUGUUCCACUGGCGCUGCACGAUGUACAAAUCCGUGGCGGAGGAGGUCAGCGUCUGGGGGAGCCCUCUCCGCACCUCCGGCCUCCUCCCAAGAGCGCUCUCGGCGCGGCACCUCACCCUCCUCUCCGGCGAGAUCACCGAGUGGUCCGACGGGAGGGUGUGGGCGACGGUGCGGGCGAGCAACGGCAGCUCCUGGGCCCACCGGCGGCAGAGCGCGGCGGCGGUACGGCUGGAGCCGGAGACGUGGGUGCUGGAGUACCAGAGGAGCGCGCUGUUCGAGGGCACACGGCUGCUCCCGGCCGCCGCGGAGCUGAUCGCGUCCAGGUGCUCGACGAUGGCGCGGCGAGCGCGGCGCAGACUGCAGGGCAGGCGGCGGCUUUUUGGUGGUGCGCAGGCGAAUCCAACCUGAAUCAGGGUCGCCGGAGAUCAAACUGCUCUAUUGUUGGAGAUCAAAUUGCUCUCUAGGAUGGCUUCUAGCUAGCACAAGUAGCUUCAUCUCAUUUCCUGUGAGAUUGAUCAUGACUUCUGUGUGUCUUUUGCAUGGUUGCAGCGAGGUGUAGGCGGACGCUGGAAUUAUUCUAAUCUUGUUAUUAGGAUCAUAAACAAAAUAUUGUGACUAUCAUAUGUUCUUCUGCCACAAAGUUAUGGCACAACAGCGUUUCGUUCUUUCCCCA